CAUACGUGUUUAGGCGAAUUCGAUGAGGAGAAGCAGGAAUAUUGACGGUGAAUGAGAUAAUUAAGCGAAUUCAAAAUUAAGAAAUCGAUGACGGAUUAGAGAAGAUAUACGAAGGUGAGGGGAGAUGAAGAAGAAGAGGCGUCAUUGAUGAAUGAAGAAGGGACUACUCUUGUAAUAAAUAGUUUGGAGAAAUUAGGGAAGGAAUAAGGAAGAAAGGAGAGGAAGGAAAUAGGGACACAUUUGGAAAAAGAAGCAAGAAAACGUGGUAAUGUGAAAUUACUAGGGGGAGGUGUAGUAUUCUCAAUUACCAUGAAUGUGGUAAUUGAAGCCAAUUUCCAUGGUCCAAUUCCCAUACUCUUUUUGUUCUUCCAAACGUGGGAUUUUAACCAAAUUACUGCAUUAGUGGUAAUUGGGUCCAAUUACUGCACUACAUUUCCACAUCCAAACGACCCCUAAGCUGUUUACAAGAGCACUUCUAUUGGCCUCACAUGAAAGGAGACGUGCAGAACUUAUGUGCACGAUGUGUGGAGUGCCAACAUGCUAAAUCGAAGAUGCAACCAUCUGGGUUAUACACGCCACUACCUAUUCCUUAUGCACCAUGGGUCGACAUUUCGAUGGAUUUUGUGCUAGGAAUGUCGAGGACAAGGAGAGGCAGGGAUUCAAUUUUCAUCGUAGUGGAUCGUUUCUCGAAUAUGGCACAUUUCAUUCCAUGCCAUAAGACGGAUGAUGCAAAUAACGUGGCUGAUUUGUUCUUCAAGGAGAUCGUGAGGUUGCAUGGAAUGACACGUACCAUUGUGUCUGAUCGAGAUGCAAAGUUUCUAAGCUACUUUUGGAAGAUAUUGUGGAGUAAACUCGACACAAAGCUUCUGUUUUCAACAACUUUUCAUUCUCAAACGGAUGGACAAACUGAAGUGGUCAAUCUUACUCUAUCCCAAAUGCUACGAGUUGUGAUCAAGAGCAACAUCAAAACUUGGGAAGACUGUCUACCACAUGUCGAGUUUGCCUACAAUCGAGAUGUGCAUUCAACCACAAAGCAUUCACCUUUCGAGCUCGUGUAUGGGUUCAAUCCACUUACACCAUUGGAUUUGACACCUCUGCCCUUGAAGGAACAAGUUAAAAUGGAUGGAGCAAAGAAGGCUGAAUUUGUGAAAAAUCUCCACGAGAAGGCAAGAUUGAACAUCGAGAGGAGGACAAAGCAAAUCAUGAAGAACGUCAACCGCAAUAGGAAGCCUCGAUCAUUUGAAGCUGGAGAUUGGGUGUGGGUGCACAUGAGAAAUGAAAGGUUUCCUCAUCAAAGGAGAUCCAAACUGUUACCUCGAAGUGAAGGUCCCUUCCAAGUUAUUUCGAAGGUUGGAAGCAAUGCCUACAAAAUCGAUUUGCCAGGAGAGUAUGGGAUAAGUGCAACCUUCAAAGUUUCUGACCUUGCACCAUAUUUGGAGGACAAUUCGAAUUUGAGGUCAAAUCCUUUUCAAGAGGGAGGGACUGAUGAGGUCAUCAAAACCAAGUCCAUUUUGUCACAAGAAGGGCCAAUUACACGUCUACAAGCAAAGAGUUAAGGGAGGAGUUUGCUGCCUAUUUGGGUCAUCACUUUGCUCAAAUGGACGUGGAUCAUCAUCAUGGGAAGACCAUUACAUUGCUACACCUCGUGGGCCAGCAUGAAGGAAGAAUGGGCUUGGAAGGAGAAGAGGAUUCGACUAAGGAAGAGGAGGGGAGUCUCAAGUGUGAAAAGGAUCAAGGUGGGAAAGGAAUCAAAGGUGGGAACAGAAGGGAAGGCUAGAACCUAGGGAGUUGUUGACCAAGUCUUUUACUUGUCUUUUAAGGAUUGUGUUUUCCUUUUACUUGUCUUUUAAGGAUUGUGUUUUUUCCUUUUACUUGUAGGAUUUGUUUUUCAUUUUAAGCUUUGGAUUUGUGUUAGCUAGUCUAUAAAUAAGAGGCUGAGUUCCUCAUUGUAACUCAUUCAAUUAUCAAUCAACUUUCAAGUUACAAGUUCAUACGAACUAGUUCUUUGUGCAAGCUUCUGUUGAGAGUGCUCCAGGAGUUUCAUGUGUCUCUUAUCAACUAAAGAACGCGUCUAGUU